UACUUUAGAAACGUUGUUGAGUAUUUUUGUUGUUUUGUUCAGAACCAUGGAAUAUUGUGUCGCUAAUCUUUGAGUAAAUAUUCACGUUCCAAACUAGAUUGUAACGUGAACGUUCCUUAAUUUUCUCUUCUCUUCAUGUUCUCUUAUUCCACUUCUUCAUUUUGUCCAUCAAUUCCCAUGUAUCCUACAGCUCACCGCCAAUUGCAGAGCAGCCGUCAUACUGAUGUCUCUCACCGGGAGAGUGAAGUCGCCAUGUUGGGUGUCCCAUGCCGGGAGGUAGAUCCGCCAUGUUGGGUGUCCCACCUUGUCCGCAGUUGCCGGUGGGUUGUUGGGAGCGGAAGUUCGGCCAUUUUGAGUGCGUCUUCUCGGCGGAGCCGAAAGAGUGAGAGACGCUGAGCGGGGUUCAGAGCGUAGCAAUCAAGCAGCAGAGAGUGUUACUCAAGGAAGGCUUUAAGAUCAAAGAAGAUGAAUGGGUCUCUGGAUCACUCCGACCAGCCCGACAUCGACUCCAUCAAGAUGUUUGUCGGUCAGAUUCCACGGUCUUGGUCAGAGAAGGAACUGAAAGAACUCUUUGAACAGUAUGGCGCUGUAUAUGAAAUCAAUGUGCUUCGAGACAGGAGUCAGAAUCCCCCUCAGAGUAAAGGUUGUUGCUUUGUAACAUUUUAUACUCGUAAGGCAGCACUGGAAGCACAAAACGCUCUUCACAAUAUGAAGAUUCUGCCUGGGAUGCACCAUCCUAUACAGAUGAAACCAGCUGAUAGUGAGAAGAAUAAUGCAGUGGAGGACAGAAAGCUGUUUGUUGGGAUGAUUUCCAAGAAGUGCAAUGAGAAUGAUGUCCGUGUCAUGUUUUCACCAUUUGGACAGAUAGAAGAAUGUCGAAUAUUGCGGGGUCCAGACGGACUGAGUCGAGGCUGUGCAUUUAUUACAUUCGCCACCCGCUCCAUGGCCCAGAAUGCAAUCAAGACCAUGCACCAGUCACAGACGAUGGAGGGUUGUUCUUCACCGAUUGUUGUGAAGUUUGCUGACACCCAGAAGGACAAGGAACAGAAGCGUAUGGCUCAGCAACUCCAACAGCAGAUGCAGCAGCUUAAUGCAGCCACCAUGUGGGGCAACUUGGCUGGACUCAACACACUGGGACCUCAGUAUCUAGCACUUUAUUUGCAGCUCCUACAGCAGUCAGCGUCCUCGGGGAACCUCAAUGCACUGAGCAACCUACAUCCCAUGGCUGGUCUGAAUGCCAUGCAGUUACAGAACCUCGCUGCUCUGGCUGCAGCAGCAAGUGCAGCUCAGAACACAGCACCAGGCACCAAUGCAUUGACGACAGGCAGCAGUCCCCUGAGUGCAUUGACAUGUUCAGGGUCUUCAAGCAGUAACAGUACCAGCUCCUCAUCGGUGAACCCAAUGGCAUCGCUGGGGGCACUGCAGACGCUGGCAGGGGCAUCAGGCGGUCUCAACGUCAGCUCUUUAGCAGGUAUGGCAGCUUUGAAUGGAGGGCUUGGAUCUGGAGGCCUGUCGAAUGGUACAGGCAGUACCAUGGAUGCUCUGACACAAGCAUACUCAGGGAUUCAGCAGUAUGCAGCUGCAGCACUCCCCUCCCUCUACAACCAAUGUCUCCUCAGCCAGCAGAGCCUCAGUGCAGCAGGGAGUCAGAAAGAAGGACCAGAGGGAGGUAAUCUAUUUAUUUACCAUCUGCCCCAGGAGUUUGGUGAUCAAGAUCUACUCCAGAUGUUUAUGCCUUUCGGGAAUGUCGUUUCUGCCAAGGUUUUCAUUGACAAACAGACAAACCUGAGUAAAUGUUUUGGGUUUGUAAGCUAUGACAACCCAGUUUCCUCACAGGCUGCCAUACAAGCAAUGAAUGGCUUUCAGAUUGGCAUGAAGCGCCUUAAAGUUCAACUCAAGCGCUCGAAGAAUGAUAGCAAGCCAUACUGACCUGUCGUCAAAAUAAACUUGAGUUUAAACUGUUCGCUGAUAUCUUCGUGCCCGUUUGUUCAUCGUUUGCCUAGCAUGUUGCUGUGACGUCCAAGUUCAUCAUCCCCUCGUUGUUUCUGAGCUUCUCUGAUGCUUGACCUCUGCUGACCUUUGACCUUGUUUAGACUAUUAAAUUUGAUGUAUUUCAGAAACCUUUCAUUCACCUCUACUCCCAUGCACUCCCUCACCCCCACCUUCCCAACCUCACUCAGUGCUGCUGGGGCAGGCUGCUUUAAACAAGCUUCCAGAUUGUUACAUUGAAAUCUUCUAAAACUUCUUUGAGAGUCUAUUUUUCUAGAAUUUCUUAACUAAAUUGCAGCAUUUUGACACUUCUUUCUACUCCUUAUUGCAAAGCGCCCUUUCUAGCACGGGCAGAGGGCUUUAUAUCUCAAGCAGCCAAUCGAUUUGAAAAAAAGCAGAAAAUCAUUCGUGUGCAUCUUAUUGGUUUUUUUUAGUGUGGUGUGUGUUUAGGACAGUGUGGAGUGUUUGUCACAACUUACUCGAAGGGAAAUGAACCUCAGAUGCGUUCUUCUCCAUAUAUUGGCAGGGUUGAGCUUUCUCUUUCUCCACUUCAGCAUCUUAUUUCCCUUUUCACAAUCUUUACCCUCUGCAAUUGAUCACUCUUACCAUUUUCUCUCCUCUCGCUCCUUUGCCACUUGCCUCUUGUCUUGACCCUUCUUUCUCCUCUCUCUAUCUCCUCCUUUCUGUCUCCCUGUCCCCUCUCGCUACCCUCUCUCUCUGUCCCCCACUCUGUCUCUCCUUUCUCUGCUUCUCGCUUUGCCUUCCUCUUUCUCUGUCCCUCCUUGCCUCCCUUGUUCUCUCUCUCUUUCCCCUCACCUCCCUUGUUUUCUCUCUAUCCACACCCCCACUACCACCUUUCCCUGUUCAUUAUGCUGGAGUGACAUCAGUAAAGAAAUACUUGAAUUGCUUCUUUCAAAGUGUCGGCCAUUUCCCAUAGGGUUUCUUUUGGCACUUUGGUUUUCUGUUGUUAGCAGUAAGUGUUUGAAAAGCAAAAAAAAGAAAAGUCAAUAGUUUAAUGUUGUCGAGUUUGGUGUGACUAUACCUUGCAUGUGUAUUGUAUCUAUGCUGAAAACUUCAGCAAAAUGUGAUGUGACUUGUUGUUAACUCUAUUUAGUGCCAAGUGUUAUUUGCAUGUUACAGCCUUUUCCACUUUGUACUGCUUCUCUGUCUUCCUGACUUCAAAUUUACAGUUUGAUAAAGUGCAAAAAAAAGUUGGAGGUUUAAAUAAAGUAUAUUUUUGAACUCUGUUGUGGCAAAUAUCAUAGUUAGACCAGAUGUGUCCUGUUCAAAAUCUCCCCUCUGUCUAUCUAAACCCAGCAUCUGUGAUGUUCAAUCUGUUCCCAACCCCUCCCUCUCCCUCUCCCCCAACCUCUCUCCCUCUCUCUCUCUCUCUAUCUCGUGCGUAUGCACACAGACACACAAACACAGAGUAUGUGCAUCAAGCUCCUGAUUACGUUCACAUAUAUAGAGAAAUGUUUGAUUUUACUGGAGAUCAUGCGUUGGGUCAUUUCCAGUGGAUGGUGGGAUACAUCUUUAUUUGUAGCUAAAUAAGAAGGAGAGCACCGAGGGUUGGUUAUUUUGAGGAAGUGAGCCACGUUUGGGUUUGACAACCUGUUCAAUUCCGUGAAGAGUUUGUGGAGAUUGCUGCCGACUCUAAUGGGACAUUGGGUGGGGAGGAGUGUUGGUAUUUGCAUUUCCCAACUCUGAAGCCCACACCCCACUUCCCCAACUCAGUUCAGAACACCAAACACUCAAUCGCCAUUCACACUCAACUUCCAACCAGACCCUGAGACACUCAGACUCAACCCCCUCCACCUGAACCUCCAACGACCCUGGGCCUCAACAUCCUCAAUACAACCACCUCCAACUGAAAGUCCACCUCUACCCACUGCCUCUGCCCCUCCAUCCUAAACUACUGCCUGAACUCAAACACACUCACCCUUAGUCCCAGGCCUCCCAAUUUCAUCCUUACCCAACUCUUUAACCUCACAUUGCCACUUCUCAAUCUCCAACAUUGAAACCCCUUCCUUGCCUCUCACACAGCCACUCUGAGACCAUGUCUGAGUUUUCCUGGGAUUUCAUUUCCCUGUGCUGUUAUCACUUCUGAUUCUGAACGGAUCUCUCACUCACUCUGUUCAACCCAGCAGACAUAGAGCUACAAUGAAACAGCCAGGCUUUUCAAGACCCUUCUGCUCACAGCAGUGUCUCUAACAGAGCAUCCCCGUGGGCCACAUUGUUUAAAUAUAUGCCUCCUCAGUCUCAGCCCUGCUUUUUCAAAACCCCCAAAGUCUCCUUAAAGCCCUGUCCUCAAGACACACCUCCAGGUGUCCACGCGCUGUGGGGCUCUUCUAGGCUGUUCCAGGGGAUAUUGAUGCACUGAUCUGAACUCUUGACACUGUGUACAUGUUGCACCAUUUCUUAAUCUAGCAAAACGAUAAUUUAUGAAACUGAGCAACAGUUAAUUACAGUUUUCAGAUAAAACAACUUUCUUUGAAAAGCAAAUCUCCCAGCUGCUAAUUUUGCAAACUAGUUCUUAACAGGAACCUCUGGUGGUUUGCCAGCUGCAGUAUUUGGCCAUAUUUGAGCCUAGUUUAGUUGACUUAUUUGUGAACCCUCCUCCCAGCACCAAGCUGGACCUGGCACACUCAUCCUCCCAGAUUAAAGGGUGCCUACACCCUUGUUCCUAUACUUUGUGUGGGGAGAUGGCUUAGCAUUAUAGGAAAUGGGAAAAAAAGUAGACCAUUCGGCCCUUCAAUUAAAAAUGCUCAGUAGCCAGUGCUUCAUUUCCACCAACCCCACUAAACAGACUGGCACCCUCACAAGACCUCAAGUGAAUGUUAAUAAUGUUCAUGCUCCAGGUGUGUCUACGAAGUACAUUCACUGUGGCUCCUGCACUCUGUUCCCAUUAAACACUUAAGUAGAAUUCCCUCCCCCCGUCCAGAAUCCACCAGGGGAACCCAUGUUUCCUACCAUCGAUCCACAGCAGGGUGGAGGCUGGUUUUCAUACACUAUCCCAUUGUCACCUCACAGACACUCCUUGUAUGUGUUCCCUCUCCAGCAUCAUUGCCAAUCUUGCAACAUCACCAUGGGCACUUGGUCGCCUGAACUGUCCCGCCAUAUCCAUAUCCUGUGGAACGUAACAGAUGUGUAAUUACCAUCUUCUUGUCUUUUGAUAAUGUAAAGAUUACAAAUAAACACAAUACUUGAGUGACUGAUUUUCAAAACUCUUGCUGCUUUGUGAGUUAACAAACAAUUCAAAAUCCUGUGGGCUUUUUAUUGGUACAAACUGAUUGUAUUUAACUCUAUAGGUUUUGUAAAAUUUUGCCUUUUGUACAAGAACUAUUAAACAAUUAACAAAUGUGAAUGUUACUUAUUUCUAGAAGUUUGCCGCAAUGACCAAACCCCUGUAACUAAAGUAAAAUGCAAUUUUGCUCACUUAUUACCAAGGAAAAGCUUUUUUUUGCAAAGUGUCAUUAUCUAGUGUGAUUUUUUUUGUGAUGUAAUCUUGAAACAAAUUAUGGAAUUAAUAAUGAAAGAAACCAUAAAACCACUUGUAAGUUGUUUUGGAGCCAACAGUUGAUGUAGAGGAAUGGCAAAUUGUUGCUAGUUUGAAUAAAGCUGGUAUUUGUUUCAGAUUUUUCCUACUAUUUUUGUCUUGAAAGGGUACUAAAAUGUUUUAACUGCACGCAUAGAUUUGCAGUCAUUUUGUAUGAAAGUGUGGUACCUUCCUUGUUUAGUAUUUACGAUUAAACAGUUUGAGAAGA